AUGGCGCACGCGCUCUCAACUACUGAGCCCGCCAAGAAAAACGGCUCCCCGCCAAAAGCGCACCAUCUCGUUUCUCUACACACUCCCCUCCCCCUUCAACCUACCAACUUCAUCACCAAAAGGACGACUGACUUCCUCCGCGAGAAUCGUCGCCCUCGUCCCCAGAAGCGCUCCUCCGUCUGCUCACCUCGAAGCUCUCGGCCUUGCGACACCCACGACUAUCAACCGUAUACGUCACCGUUCACACAGCCCCAUUCUACACACGCCUCGCUACCUCACUUUCGAGACACAAGUUCCAAGUACCCGCUCGCUACGCCGACUGUGCACACGGGCCCAACGCCCAGCAUCUCGUGGGCCAGCCGCUCUUCUGCCGUGUCACAUAUCCCAGGUCCUCACAUUCCUUGGCUGACGAGGAGCCAAAUCACAAUCCAAGCCUACCUAUCAAUCUACCCAGCUCCUUGCCUGCACCCUCGCAACUCUCGCAACUUGCCCGGUGGUGUACUGCCUCUCUCGCGACAAAACACCAUGUCCUCCUACGAUGGUGCGCGAUCGGCGCGCCAGUCCAAGCGCUAUUCCAUGUCCGCCCUCUACAUGUCCAUGUCCGCCAACGAAGGAGAGAUGCAGAUCGAGGAUGACCUCGCCAAAGCCCAAAAGAUUCUGCGCGAACUCAAGUCCAAUAUAUCUUCCCAGUCCAAGAAGAACUUCGUUCUCGAAAAAGACGUUCGCUAUUUGGACUCGCGUAUUGCCUUGCUUAUCCAGAAUCGCAUGGCCCUGGAAGAACAAAAUGAAGUCGCCAGCCACCUCGAAGACGCAACCGACAUGCAGGAGGGCUUCUUUCCCAACGAUGAUAAGACCCAAAAAUAUGGAAAUCUCCUCUUCCUUCUCCAGUCCGAGCCUCGCCACAUCGCCCAUCUUUGUCGCCUCGUCUCCAUGGCUGAGAUUGAUUCCCUGCUGCAGACUGUCAUGUUCACCAUCUACGGAAACCAGUACGAAUCAAGAGAAGAGCAUCUUCUACUCACAAUGUUCCAGUUCGACAACACUCCCGACUACUCCUCCUUGCUGCGGGCGAAUACCCCCGUUUCGCGAAUGAUGACAACUUACACUCGACGUGGACCCGGUCAGAGCUUCCUGCGCACCGUGCUCGCUGAUAGAAUCAACGACCUCAUCAUCUUGCAGGAUCUCGAUCUGGAAAUCAAUCCGCUCAAGGUCUAUGAACGCAUGCUUGAGCAGAUAGAAGAAGAAACCGGCUCUUUACCCGCUUCUCUCCCCCGUGGUAUCACAGCCGAGCAAGCCGCCGACAACGCUCAAGUACAGGCCAUUAUCCAGCCUAGACUUUCCAUGUUGACCGAGAUUGCGAACAACUUUCUCAAUACCAUUCUCGAAGGGCUUGAGGAAGCGCCGUAUGGUAUUCGAUGGAUCUGCAAGCAGAUUCGCAGCUUGACAAAGCGCAAGUACCCGGACGCCAAUGAUCAAGUCAUUUGUACACUGAUCGGUGGCUUCUUCUUCCUCCGCUUCAUCAACCCUGCGAUUGUCACCCCCAAGUCAUACAUGCUCAUUGAGGGCACCCCUGCAGAGAAACCCCGUCGCACACUGACGUUGGUGGCUAAAAUGCUCCAGAACUUAGCAAAUAAGCCGUCAUAUGCCAAGGAGCCUUACAUGGCCAAGCUCCAACCAUUCAUUGAGCAAAACAAGGACCGCAUUAACAGAUUCAUGCUAGAUCUGUGUGAAGUCAGUGAUUUUUACGAGAGCCUGGAGAUGGACAACUAUGUCGCACUCUCCAAAAAGGACCUACAGCUUGAUAUCACACUGAACGAAAUCUACGCAAUGCAUGCCCUCAUCGAAAAGCACACGGGUGAAAUCUGCCGUGACGAGUCCUCCCACCUGUCUAUCAUCAUGACCGAGCUUGGUCCUGCGCCGGCUCAAGUCCCUCGCAAAGAAAAUCGAGUCAUAAAUCUUCCUCUCUUCAGUCGCUGGGAGACUGCCAUCGACGACCUGACUGCUGCCCUCGAUAUUACACAGGAGGAAGUGUUCUUUAUGGAAGCCAAGUCCAUCUUUGUGCAGAUUAUGCGCUCCUUCCCUCAGAGCAGUGCAGUGUCGAAGCGCCCCCUCCGCCUUGAGCGAGUAGCUGAUGCUGCUGCCACCAGCCGCAACGACGCAGUCAUGGUCCGAAAGGGCAUCCGUGCUAUGGAGCUUCUCUCCCAACUACAAGAUAUGGGUGUUAUUGAUAAGAGUGACCAAUUUGGACUGCUUCGUGAUGAGGUCGAACAGGAGCUCCACCACCUUGGCUCUCUCAAGGACGGUGUAUUGAGUGAGACCAAAAAGCUUGACGAGGUCUACAAGACGAUUCGCGACCACAACACGUAUCUUGUCGGACAGCUGGAGACGUAUAAGAGCUAUCUCCACAACGUCAGGUCACAGAGUGAGGGUACCAAGAGAAAGCAACAGAAACAGCAGGUACUUGGCCCUUACAAGUUUACCCACCAGCAGUUGGAGAAGGAGGGUGUGAUUCAGAAGAGCAAUGUCCCGGAUAACAGACGGGCCAACAUUUACUUCAACUUCACCUCUCCUCUCCCGGGCACGUUUGUUAUUUCUCUGCACUAUAAGGGACGUAACCGCGGGUUACUCGAAUUGGACCUCAAGCUUGACGACUUGCUCGAAAUGCAAAAGGACAAUCAAGAAGAGCUGGACCUUGAAUACGUGCAAUUCAGCGUUCCAAAAGUGCUUGCCUUGCUGAACAAGCGUUUUGCACGGAAGAAGGGCUGGUAG